CCGCCCCGGGGCCGGGCUGGAGCCGCCCCGCUCCGUCCCCGCUCCGUCCCCGCGAUGUCGCCGCGUUCCGCCCGCCUGGCGCGGCUGUCGCGCUCCGUCACCUUCAGCGCCUGCCACCGCCUGCACAGCAAAUCCCUGAGUGAGGAGGAGAACCGGAAAGUUUUUGGGAAGUGCAACAACCCCAACGGCCACGGACACAACUACAAAGUGACCGUCACAGUGCGUGGGCAGAUUGACCCAAUCUCGGGGAUGGUGAUGAACCUGACAGACCUGAAGGAAUUCAUGCAGGCAGCGAUCAUGGAGCCGCUGGACCACAAAAACCUGGACAAGGACGUGCCCUAUUUCUCCGAGGUGGUGAGCACCACGGAGAACGUGGCUGUGUUCAUUUGGGAUCGGCUGCAGCARCUGCUGCCCCCGGGGCUCCUGUACAAGGUGGAGGUGCAGGAGACAGAGCAGAACGUUGUGGUUUACAAGGGAGAGGAGAUCCUGGUGAAAUGAGAGCAGCCCCAGCCCCAAAUCAUCUCUGUGCGUUCCUCCAGCCCUGCUCAGCAUUUCCAGCAGCCUUUCCACACCCUGGGGCACUUAAGGUCGCAGCGAUUUGCCCCUUUGGGUGAUCAGAAUGGGUUGUUUUGGCUGCUUUUCCUCAAGACUUUCCUGUUUUUUGAAGYCGAGACACUUCAGAAAUUCAGAGCUGCACCCUGGUAAAUAAAGCAGCUUUGAGAGAGGAGCCUGAAAAAAAAAAUCACAGAAGGUUUUGAUUUUUUAUUUUUGUUUUUUGGUUUUUUGAUUUUUUUUUUUCGGAUUAAACAGUGAAUUAAUUUAUGAUGAUUAUAAACGUGGGCUUUGUUUUGCUUCUUGAUCCAACAGAGUUGGGGUUGUUCUGAUUUUUUCGAGUUGGCCAAUAAAACAUCGGGGAUUGCAGGAAGUCAGAGGAAGGGUGGGAAAAAAUUUUAAUGGGGCUUUAUCCCUCUGUAAUCAUCUGUUAAUGAUUAAUCAACGUUUUAAGAGCUUGGCGCUUCCAGUAACAGCUCUGUGCUCACGUGAACUCGGGAUUUCUGUGAAUUUGCCCUCAGAGCU